CGAUCAGCGAUGUGAACCAUACUUGAGAAAAAUUUUGAAUUUUGUUCUUUCAACUCUACAAUGGCAGUGUUGUGUUAUCAAUUGGUCUUACUUUUCAGUCUAGCCAUGAACAGUAUCUUUAAGGUUAACGCUGGUGAGAUAAGAGAUGUAUUAAGACAUUACGAAACUUUAAAUAUGGGUGACAUUUUUCAUGGUGUACACAAGAGAGACAUUAACAAGCAAGAAAAGAUAGUUUCCUUUAUAACAUUAAACAGACAUUUUAGACUUCAUUUGACUCCUCACAGUGAGCUCUUUGCUGAAGACUUUCAUGCUUAUUCAGUCGUAGAAAAUCACCAAGAGAAAGAAGUUACAGUAGAUUUAGAAAGCUUUUACAAGGGUUAUGACGAAGGUGACUCAACAUCAAGGGCAACAGUUCAUGUUGACCAUGGGAUCAUUACAGCUACUAUAGUGACAAAGGAUGACACUUACAUUAUUGAGCCAGCAUGGCGACAUAUUGCUGGCUUUAGCAAGGAUCAGAUGAUUUCUUACAGACAUUCUGAUGUAAAAUCCAAUAUUACAAAUUCUCAGGGCCAGGAGCCUAAUGUGAAGAAGAAAUUCAGUUUUUGUGGCCAUGAUUCACAUCAUUCUACUGUGCUUUAUGCAGAUGAACAACAUAGCCAUGUGCAGAACACACAUUCUACGAGAAAAAGGCGUGCUGCUCCAACAAAGAUAAGAUGCCGUCUUGCACUGGUUGCUGACUACCGAUUCUUCAACGAAAUGGGUCAGGGAGAUGAAAAGUCAACCAUCAAUUAUAUGAUUGGUGUCAUAGACAGAGUCGAUGCCAUUUUUCAAGGAACUGAAUGGUCAGAGGAAUACAAGGGCUAUGGAUUUGAAAUUCAAAAAGUGUUAGUACAUAAGACAGCCACUAGAGAAGCAGAUCAUUAUAACAUGGAGAAAGAUAAAUGGAAGAUCAAAGACUUUCUGAAUGCAUUCAGUAAGAAUGAAGAAUGGCUUCAAUUCUGUCUUGCGCAUCUGUUUACUUAUCAAGACUUUGAUGAUGGUGUCAUCGGACUGGCGUAUGUUGGCAAUGCUAAAAGUAACGCUGUGGGAGGAAUCUGUACAAAAAGGUACUUCACAAAUAAUCGAUGGUUGUAUCUGAACACAGGACUAAGUAGCAGCAUUAAUUGGGGGAGAAAACUCCUCACAGAAGAGGCUGACAUUGUUACUGCUCAUGAAAUUGGUCACAAUUUUGGAAGUGAACAUGACCCCGAGACAACAGAAUGUGCUCCAUCAGAAGCCGAUGGAGGCAAAUUUAUCAUGUAUCCUGCUUCUGUCAGUGGUCAGUGGAAAAACAACAAGCUGUUCUCUCCUUGCAGUAAGCGGAGGAUUUUAAAUGUUUUACAAUCCAAGUCCUUCUGUUUCCAUGAACCAAGGACCGAAAUCUGCGGUAAUUACAAGAAAGAAAAAGACGAAGAAUGCGAUCCGGGUGGUAUAGUCCCUCAGGAAAGCCAGUGUUGUACCAAAGGCUGCAAGCUUAAGUCCACAGCUCUGUGCAGUGACGGCUAUGACUCACCAUGCUGCAAGGACUGUGUGUACAGCAAUUCCACUGAAAUUGUGUGUCGUGAAGCUGAUCCAACCAACUGUAAAAGCAACGCUUACUGUGACGGAAAGAGUGCCCAGUGCCCUGCGUCACCCAACAUGCCAGAUGAGUCUGACUGCAUCGACGGAGGAACAUGCCGAAAUGGAGUGUGUAGACCUUUCUGUGAAGCCCGAGAUCUGAAGCCAUGUAAAUGCUCCGGUGUGGAUGAUUCCUGUAAAGUUUGCUGUCAGGGAAGCAAUGGAAUUUGUGUACCUUACAAAAACAACGUUACUGGUGAAACGACGGAGAUCCAGAAUGGGAGAUCAUGUCAGAAGGAGGGUGUGCAGGGCAUAUGUGUCAAUGGUAACUGUGAGAAAAAAAUCCAAGAUUUUGUAGAGAGAUUUUGGACAUUUAUAACCACCCUGGACAGCAAUACAGUCGCUCAGUUCAUGAAAGACAAUCUGGCUGGGACAGUUGUGGUGUUGUCAUUGCUGAUUUGGGUUCCUGCCAGUUGUUAUGUGAAUCGGAUUGACAGGAAGAAUGACAAGAGGGAAUCACUAGAAGCAGAAUGGAGGGAUUCUAAGAACACUAAACUUCUUCGUCAACCGUUGCCAACAAGUAAAGGAAACUUUGUCUACAGACAAGACUCAAUAACCCGGUCUUCAAAAGCUGACAAGCCUUUCAAAAUUAAGCCGAAGAACAUCAAGACGCACAGAACUCCUGAGCUUGAGUACACCGCACAACGAGAGACUUACAUGUAGGGGGUUUUCAGAGUGAAUGCUAGCUCGUCAAUCAAGAAUCGAAAUUAGUUCAACUUAAUAACUGGUGCGCGCUCAUUUGGAAGUCAAUUCCCAGCCAGAGUAAAGCUUAGUGUCAGGGGUCACUUUUGCGUUGUAAAACCAAUGAAGUGCAUUCGUACUGGUGCUAACACCGAGAAGCCCAUUUUUCAGGAAGACGUAGUCAAGCUCAAUGCUGGGGUAAAAAUCUGUAGCAAAACUAUAAGGGUUCCCAAGAUUUAUGUUUUUAUGCUUGUGACGUUUUUGCACAUCAUAAACGUGUUUGUAGUGUGAUGUGGGCCACAGCCUAUUUUAUUAACUUUGUAAGAUAUAAGUUAAUUUGCUAGAACUACAGCACUUUAAUUGAAAAUGCUACAUAAGUCUUUCUUGAAAGUGCAAAGUUAUCGAUUUAAGAGCCGAUACACAUGUUUACAUUCUGUCACGUGACUGUUUCAUCAGUCGACGCCGUGUCGUUGGCUAUUUCUGUUCAGCGAGAGAUGAACAAUUAAACGGUGUUGUAAAAACGCUAUUUAACACUUUGCUUUGUAAUAAAAUUCAGACAGGAAUUUUUUCGA